AUGGUGAAGCUUGAGAACUACAGCGGAUUGACUAAGAAACAAGAAGAUUUACUCAAAAAACACUACUGUUACGGCAGCUUUGCACUCCUAAACAUCAACCUUUCCCAAAGCGACUUCGUUUUCCACACCAGAGCCGCUGCCAAACACCCUAACACCCUGGUCCCUAUCCUUGCAUCCAGUUGGCUCCAAAUGCGUAACAACAGUUUAUCCUUAAAGUCAAAACUCCGCACUGACGGUUUAACUCACUUUAUUUUCGAAAUGUCUCCUAAAUCUAUCAUAGAAAACACCAAACUUAAAGCAGAAUGGAAGGUUUCCCAAGUAAAAGGUGUCCAAAACGCAGAACCAAGCGCAACUCUUGAGUAUUCUCAUCCUUCUGCCAAAGCAAAAUUAACCUUUGUAGAAAACCCGCUUCAGCUAAAAGGAAAUUUGACUAUUGGAAAACCUCAAUACGGAGUCGGUCUUGAUGGAAAAUUCGACCUUACUUCACAGAAACUGUCUGGGUAUAACUUCGCCUUGUGGUUCUUCAGAAAACACUCAAAAGUGGUUCUAAAACACGUUGGGACUAAUGCAGACGAGCUUGCCCUGGGAAAUGUUGAGUUGUCUUAUUAUCAGAAAUUGAGUCCUUUAGCUCAUUUUGGCUCAAAAGUGACGACCAAGCUGGCAGGAGGAGAAACUAGUAUAGAGUUCGGAGGGGAUUAUAAGUAUGAUGAAAAUACUUUAUUGAAAGGAAAAUUAAACACUGAUGGAAAGCUAGGGCUAGCAAUGUCAAGACAGCUGAAUAAAGCUAUGACAUUUACAGUGGGGUCUGAAAUCGAUACCAAAGAAGUCGCUGCGAACCGUUUCCAUGACUAUAAGCUCGGCUUCCGCUUGGAUUUUUACCAUCAAUAA